GUGCCCCGGGGGCAAAAAUAUGUUGACCCAUGUUCAUAAUACACCACUGCCUUUCUUGGUUUCAUGUCAUCCGCCCUAACAUGGACUGAGGCGGCUUCCGUAGGAGUGUGAGUGGUCGGAGAGUGACGCAGGAGCGCAGGAAGGGUAGAACAUUUCUACUGUCAAGAUGGCGACAUCGGAGCCGAAAGCAGCUGAAACUGAAGAUCAACCGACUGAAAGCCAAGUCGUUGCAAAUCCCGAGCAGUAUAUCAAACACCCUUUGCAAAACAGAUGGGCCCUGUGGUAUUUCAAAAAUGACAAGAGCAAAAGCUGGACGGAGAACUUGCGUCUCAUUUCCAAGUUUGACACAGUGGAAGACUUCUGGGCAUUAUACAACCAUAUACAGCAACCAAGCAAACUUGGCUUUGGCUGUGACUAUUGCUUAUUUAAGGAUGGGAUUAAACCGAUGUGGGAGGACGACAGGAACAAGCUGGGGGGUCGAUGGCUGAUGACUCUCAAUAAACAACAGAGACACAAUGACCUUGACCGUUACUGGAUGGAAACGCUCUUGUGUUUAGUCGGUGAGUCAUUUGAUGAGGCAAGUGAAGAUGUUUGUGGAGCUGUGGUCAACGUCAGACCCAAAGGUGACAAAAUAGCCAUCUGGACGAGCAACUGCCAGAACAGGGAAGCCAUCAUGACGAUAGGGCAACUUUAUAAAGAGCGCCUGAACCUCCCCAUUAAAGCCAUGAUUGGCUACCAGUCACAUGACGACACAUCCAGCAAGAGCGGAUCCACCACCAAGAACAUGUACUCCGUUUGAGCCCCGCCUGUUUCAACUUGCUGUAGAUUUAAACAAUUACCAACCCACAUCAUCACAUUAAUCAUUUUUUGAGUUGUCAACUACUGUAGUGUCCUUUCCUUUUACUGAAAAGAGAAUUGUUCAUAGUGUGUACAGAUGGCGCUUCCCCCAACAUGAGAAAUCAAUGGAGUGAUAGUUAUAAUUAGGAGGAAGCCAGAAAGAAGAGCAUUUGGAUAAAGAUGUCAUACGUGAGCAAGAGAACACAAAUGAUUUCCUUUUAGAGUUGAAGAGUUCUGUGAUAUAACAAUGACCUCCCCUAGCUUAGCUGAGAACAAGCUUUUUUUCAGUACUUAAUGGCUUUGAGUUGCGCAAAAAAAAAAAAAAAAAAAAAAAAGUUUCUUAAA